AAUUGAAGGGAAGGGGCCCUUGGUGGAGGUGGGGGGGGGAAGUCUGGAAAGGGUUCGUGGGGCGCAAUGCUGAGCCUGGUGCCCCCUUCCCCUCUUUCCUCUCCCCAGGAGCAGCAGCCUUUUCCAGAGACAAAAGAUGGUGAAAGUCGGCGUGAACGGAUUUGGCCGUAUUGGCCGCUUGGUCACCAGAGCUGCAUUCAACAAUGAUAAAGUCACAGUUGUGGCUAUCAAUGAUCCCUUCAUUGACCUGAACUACAUGGUGUACAUGUUUAAGUAUGACUCCACUCAUGGACGUUUCAAAGGCACUGUCAAAGCUGAGAAUGGAAAACUUGUGAUCAAUGGAACUGCAAUCACAAUCUUCCAAGAACGUGACCCUGCCAAUAUCAAGUGGGGAGAUGCUGGUGCAGAAUAUGUCGUGGAGUCCACUGGCGUAUUCACCACCACAGAGAAGGCCAGCGCUCACUUGAAGGGUGGUGCUAAGCGUGUUAUAAUCUCUGCCCCAUCAGCUGAUGCGCCCAUGUUUGUGAUGGGUGUCAACCAUGAGAAAUAUGACAAGUCUCUGAAAAUUGUCAGCAAUGCUUCUUGCACCACCAACUGCUUGGCUCCCUUGGCUAAGGUCAUCCAUGACAACUAUGGCAUUGUGGAAGGCCUUAUGACCACAGUCCAUGCCAUCACAGCCACACAGAAGACAGUGGACGGUCCUUCUGGCAAGCUGUGGAGAGAUGGCAGAGGAGCUGCUCAGAACAUCAUCCCAGCAUCCACAGGCGCAGCUAAGGCUGUUGGCAAGGUCAUCCCUGAGCUGAAUGGGAAACUCACAGGAAUGGCUUUCCGUGUCCCUACUCCAAAUGUGUCUGUUGUGGACCUAACAUGCCGCUUGGAGAAACCAGCCAAGUAUGAUGACAUUAAGAAGGCUGUGAAGACAGCUUCUGAGGGACCCAUGAAAGGCAUCCUUGGAUACACAGAGGACCAGGUUGUCUCCUGUGACUUCAAUGGCGAUACCCACUCUUCCAUCUUUGAUGCAGCUGCUGGCAUUGCACUGAAUGAUCACUUUGUCAAACUGGUCUCCUGGUAUGACAAUGAAUUUGGAUACAGCAACCGUGUGGUAGAUUUAAUGGUUCACAUGGCAUCCAAGGAGUAAAGAUGAGCAUUAUUUUUUGUCAACUUGGCUCUGCAUAACUUGCAGUAGAGGCUCCCUUUGUUCCAUCUGCCUCUGAGGAAGUGGAGAGGCUGGAAGAAACAUGGGUUUCAAUAACACCUCCCCUCUCAAUAAAAGUAAUCACUGUUUCAUGUA